CACACACACACACACACACACACACAUUUUGAGGUCAAACUGUCCAACUGGCUUUGGAGUAAUGGUGUAGGUCUAGUUUAAAAUAUGGCCCCUUCAUUUUAGUGUUAAGACUGGUUCAAGUCUCUGCAUGCUGGAGAAAAUAUUUGACACAAAAAAAGAGACCAGCAAAUCCGAUCUGAGCUACAGUUGCAUGGUGUCCUGAUCGAUCAAAGACAGGAGGAGCAGGUAAUUCAGCUUUCAUUAAGGGGCUGUACAGAAACUAUCGAUUAUGCUGCUUGGAGGCUAAGUCGUACUUUAGUCCACAACUGGAGUGCUGUUGUGACGCGUUGGGGGGGGGGGACGCAGAUGGACCCAAACUUCAAAGACUCGGCCAGAGACAGUGCAAUAAAACGCCUGGUCUGCUAUACUGUCUGGCAUUCCAGUUUUAAUGGCUUUAUGGCCGUCCAGACACAAUUAGGCCGCUUCCAGAAUGGCACCCAUUUGUUUUUUUCUUCUCUUUCUGUGAGACUGCGGUCUGGACAAAAGGCCCGAGCGGAAAUGAUCAGUUUUAUUGGAUUCUCCUCGACGGGGACGCGCAGGACUCACGGUCAUUUGGAGGGAUCCUUUGUUUCUACCUGGGAACCUUCCGCCCCUUGCUCCUUUGCCGGGCCUUCCUAAAGGAAAAGGUAGCAAUAAAGUGAACAGCUAGUUUCAGACACAGCAGUGAGACUUGUGUCUAUAAACACGAGUAUGUUGCAACACCGGAGCAUUUCUCCAAAUCAUACCCAACAUAAACGAAACGUCACCUCCGUGACAUCCUCCUUUCCUUAAUCUGCUGCAUUCUAUCGGAUUCAGCAUUAAAAUAACAACGCCUGCGCAGUGCUGCCUCCCCAACGCUGCAAUCCCUACGAAUCACCAGAGGGUGGCGACACUGUUCUACACCACCCCUCUGCUUUUUGUAACACCCCCUCCCUAAUGAGCCUGCACUGGGAACAAACUGUAGCAGCAUUUUAAGAGUCCAGAGGAAUAAUUUCACACCUUUUUACAGUCUCAGUGUAGAAGCUGCUUCAUGAACCUGCAGCUCUGCGGGGAGGAAUGAAAAAGCUUGUGGCUGCUGGAUUACUGCUUGCACACCCAAGUAGUCGCUGUGUUCACUCUUGUCGUCCUGUUGUCGUAUUUAAAGUCCUGUGCCAUAAUAAAACCACGUCUCUGCUGAUUGGACGAGAGCGACCAGGCCGGGGUCACAUGGGUGAGUUCUUUGGUCCAGAGUAAAAAUGGGGUUUGGUGUAAAUCUAGGGUGUAUUGCUGUCAUCUAUCACACUACCUCGUAAAAACGACACUGAGGAUUCUGGGCCAACAAAUCAGAGAGAAAAAAAUAUGAGUUCUUAUUAUGUGGAUGGUCUUCUUAGCAAAUCUACGACGGGCAGUUCCCUGUUCCCAAACGUGGAACGAGCUUCUUGCGGCAUCGGACCCCGUGGGGACGACCAUAGCUCUACUCGGACUGCUGCGGCCAUUGCAUUUGCGCCAUCCCUCUCUGGAGUUUACAGCGUUAAUAAUACAGUGUACCAGAGCCAUACUGUGUUUACCUGCGGCUAUGGCCACGGGCAGGACGCACACACGUCAAACUGCAGCCCGUUUGACCAGAGCCGCCUGUUCAGCGACAGCUGCUGUCACCCUGGGACUGAACCCCUAACCUCGUCGCCGGACAAACAACACCGGAUGUACCCCUGGAUGCGAGUAUCAGAUCCAAAUCGAAAGCGAGGACGGCAGACCUACUCCCGACACCAGACGCUGGAGCUGGAGAAGGAGUUCCACUUUAACCGCUACCUGACCCGCAGACGCAGGAUCGAGAUAGCCCAUGCCCUCUGCCUCUCAGAGAGACAGAUCAAAAUCUGGUUUCAGAACCGCAGGAUGAAGUGGAAGAAGGACCACAAGGACGAGCCGAGCAACGAGGAACAGCACCGUGAUAGUCAGGCACCGUCGGAAGGCAGGGAACCCAAAAGUGAAGAGACCCAAAGCGGCCGUGUUGACUGAAAAGUAACAGAAGAGACGGACAGAAAAUCAAAAUAAAGAAAUAUAAUGUGUUAAAUAUUGUGUUGGAAUGCAUCGAAUAUAACUUCUGACAUAACAUUUAGGCACUAAGUCUUAUUAAUCUUUUGACAGUAAUCCACAUUAAAACACUACACUGCUCUUCUGGAUUUCAUAUUUAAACCAGCACUAAAAAUGCUUCACGUGACAAAUACUAACUACCUACCCUAACUAGCCUGUAUUUUUAUAUCCUCCGCAUAUAUCCCAUAGGAGUACUACAAAUAUGGCACAUUUUGGACUACAGAAAACUACUACUGAGUUAACAUUCCUUCAGCAAAAAACGACCUAGUAUUUACCUUAUAAUUUUCAAAAACUGACACGGAAAUGUAAACACGAACUGAGCUGGUGAUUUAAUUGAUGGUUUCCUGUUUUCUACCAUACAAUUGAUGUGCCUUAUUUUGAACCGGUAAAGGCAAAUGUUUUAUUUGACUGAUUUUGAUAAAAGAAUUCCUGAGUUUCUUCUUCUCCCUCCCCCUCCCCCUUUUAAUUAACAUGGAUUUUAAUCCGCCUGCUAGGGGUGAGGAUUUAACUAUCGACGCAAAUAUUUGUUUAGUUUUGCAUGUAACCUACCUCAGAUUCCUCACCCGCUCACUAUACCGUCAGCGAUUGUGCCGUAGGCUACUGUGGAUAUCUAGCUUUACAGAUUAGUCUUUUAAAUACAUGUACCGUUAUCCAGCUGGCAAUAGCCAUCAUUUUAUAAUCAGAGAAAUAUUCCAGUACAGUGAGCAAAUGCUGCUGGCUUUCAAUCAAAGUCUGCUAGGCUUGUAGUCUGUCUUGUAAAUGAAGUGAACGCGCAAUCAUUUAAUAAAAAUGCUUUUACCCUCUCUA